AUGUUGUGGGUUCCAACAUUUCAUUUUGUAGGUGUGGAGUCAGAUAAGGUGGCGCACGAAGGCGCUGCGGUCGGGGGUGAGGGCGUGGGUGCAGGCGCGGGCGGCGGUGACACCAGAGUCAUGCACUGUGUCGUCGGCGGUGCACACGCUAUCAUUCUGAGGGUAUCCAGUUUCUUUGGUCUGGCUCCAUUGCGUUUCGAGUCACGCUGCAAUGGAUUCACCGUCUCCAUUUCAAACGCUAUGUGCAUAUACGGAUAUAUUCUAGUUACAAUUUUAGUGAUAUCAACAAUCUCCGGGCUGGUGGCGGAGAUGUCUGCAGGCGUGGAGGUAUCCGUGCGUAUGUCAUCACGCAUGUCACAAGUCGUGUCCGCUUGCGAUGUCUUGGUCGUCGCGGUGACCGCCGGCGCUGGCGUCUAUGGAGCACCCCGUCGAAUGCGGAAUAUGCUCAAAUUCUGCGAGAGUAUUGCAUCUGUGGACCACAGCAUCGGAGCGCAGUACUCGCGCGUAACGGAACGCAAACUAUGCGCCAUACUCCUUGCCAUUCUCAUAUUCUUCUCCAUUCUAAUCGCUGACGACUUUUGUUUCUAUGCGCUGCAAGCUACCAAGUACCAAAGACAAUGGAACGUGGUGAUAAAUUACAUAGGUUUCUACGUACUAUGGUACGUGGCUAUGAUUCUGGAGCUGCAGUUCGCCUUCACAGCGCUCUCUGUGCGCGCGAGGUUUCAAGCUGUCAACAACGCACUGGCCCUAACUGCCAAAAUUGUAUCCGCUCCUGUAAAGAAAAUGUACGAGCCGCCGCCUUUAAACGUGCUAGCUAUCCGUAUGGCGGCUACCGAAGCGCGGCGCUGUGCCAAUGUCAGCCUGCUGGUUGACACACUGCACGACCCCGAUCAUAGCGUCAUCAUUCGGAACACAGUAACUGGAGAACCUCGGCUGGUGGUCCCACCAUGUGAGGCUAUACGCCGGCUGGCGUGCCUGCACGGCGCGCUUUGCGACGUCGUGCACGCCCUUGACCGCAGCUACGGUCUGCCGCUCAUACUGAUACUUAUAUCCACGCUGUUGCACUUGAUUGUCACACCGUACUUCCUGAUUAUGGAGAUAAUCGUAUCAACGAAUAGAAUCCACUUCCUGGUGCUGCAGUUCCUGUGGUGCGCGACUCACAUGCUACGAAUGUUUGUUGUCGUCGAACCAUGUCACUACACUAUUACCGAGGGUAAGAGAACAGAAGGUCUGGUCUGUCAGCUAAUGAGAUCAGCGCCAUCUAACGGUAGCCUGCCGUCACGACUGGAGGUGUUUGCGCGACAACUCAUGUUGCAAUCUGUGACGUACUCGCCGAUGGGAAUGUGCACUCUGGAUAGACCUCUUGUAGCUUCCGUACUUGGUGCGGUAACAACUUAUCUAGUCAUUCUCAUACAAUUCCAAAGAUACGACGCUUAG